GUACUUUUGAUAAUAGAAGUUUAAUGAUUAUUUGUAUGAACAAAAGCCAAGCAAUUGUAUGGAAAAAUAUUGAAUGUUUUCAAAUUGAUAUGGUAUUUAAAAGAGUACGUGAAAACAUAAAUGAAUUUGAAAUUAAUAAUUAUUGUGAAAACUAUAAUCAAAAAGAGUCUCCAAUGAUUAAUUAUAUUCACAAUAAAGGAUGGAAGUAUAUACUCGGAGAUUUAGAUCAAGAGCAGGCAAAAGAAUUAGGAUUAGCAUUAGCUAAUAUUGAACCAAAAAAUAUUAAUACUUGUGAACGAAAUAAUAAUAUAAAACAAUUAAUGAUAGAAAUUUCUACAGCUACAACAAAAUUACGAAUUGAAGAAAUAUUUGAAACUCUUAAAAAAAUCAAUACUGAAAAUCUUGAAGGAUAG